AUGGCUUGGACGGAUAUCGCAGCCGUUUGUCUACCAUUCUACGACCUGUUUCUUGGGAUUUUGUCCUAUUGCUUGAACAUUUUAGUCAUUUAUUUGGCAAGAACCCAAGCCAAUAAGAGCAUGGCCGAAUACACGGCCAUUAUUUUAUUAAACUCCGUGGUGGAUAUAAUUUUCAAUACGACCAAUCUGAUUACCAGACAGGUGAGGUCUCGGUGCAAAGUGCUUAACGAAAUUUAUCUCAUACGUUGGGAUCUAAUUGAGGAUUUGCCCCGCGACCAAAUUUUGCAGCUUUCGAACAUUGUUUUAACUAUUUUUAGGGCACAAACUGGCACGGGAAGUACACCAAGCUCAAUUUUAAGAUUUUCUUUAAAUUUUGCACACAUUUUGGGCAGAGUCCGCAGAUCAAUUCCUGCAAAUUUUAGCUCGCAUUUUGCAGGGGCAGCCAAAAUAUUCAACGAUGUUUGCGGCCGAGAGAGUAGGCGGAACGCGGAGAGUGGUCACAGAGAAACACACUUUAAGGCUAUAUCUUCGCCAGUUUCGUGCGGAAACUUUUGAUUUUUUGCGGAAACAUUACACUGUACGGUAGAAAUACGCAAGAAACUUUUCAUACCAAAAUUCGCAAAAAAGUGUUACAUCUUACAAGGGAAGUCACUUUUUUCGCAGAUCGAUCCAUACUGGUGACCUAGUGGACAGUGAAGGCCUCAGGCUGUGUAAGAAGAAUCUGGCGUCCAAAAGUGUUUACGGGCCCUGAAGGCAGAGUUAUGACUCAUCAAAGUUCGCGCAAAAAAGGUUCCGAAAAGACCCUCCAAAAAACGGGGCUGGAGAAGUGAGCUUCGGUAGCAGGGUGGUUCGCAGAUUUUUCUUUUGUCUGGAAGGGCCAGGGUUCGAUUCCUCUUCCCGGCAAUAAAUAAAAAUAAUAUUGUAAGAGCAGCGUAAGUUACAAAAAAAUAUUUUAAAAUAUUUUUUGAAAAAUAUUAUCAUCCUGUCGUUAAAAAAAUGACGAUUUUGUUCAUAUCGUCACUAAACUUAUCAUCUGCCCAGACAGCAAGCGUUUGACUCAAACGCUUCAGCAUGAUAUCACGAUCACCAAGAGCGUCUUCUAAAACAUCAGAGAUAUACAUAUUGAGAAUCCCAGUCCUACCUUCACGCCAAAGUUCCCGCAGUUUUCUCCAAUGAUACGGCGUCUUGAUCCACCGUAAUCGCCGCAUUAUUCCAGAAAUUGAAUGCGAUCCUCGGUGGAAAAAUGCCCUCUUAUCCCUCACUGUGUCCAAGCUCACAGCGACUUCCCCAAAUUUUAACGACAGGAUAAUAACAUUUUUCAAAAAAUAUUUCAAAACAUUUUUUUGUAAUUUACGCUACUCUUACAAUGUUAUUUUUGGUUAUUGCCGCGAAGAGGAAUCGAAACCUGGCCCUUCCAGACAAAAGAAAAAUCUGCGAACCACUCUGCUACCGAAGCUCACUUCUCCGAUCCCGUUUUUUUGGAGGGUCUUUUCGGAACCUUUUUGCGUGAACUUUGAUGAGCCAUAACUCUGCCCUCAGGGCCCGUAAACACUUUUGGACGCCAGAUUCUUUUUACACAGCCUGAGGCCUUCACUGUCCACUAGGUCACCAGUAUGGAUCGAUCUGCGAAAAAAGUGACUUCCCUUGUUAAUUCAAUUUUCGACCUAAAGACCUCAGUCGUUUCUGCAAGACGCCAGCUAGAUGUCUUGCAUAGACCUUACAGUGGGCGACCUGAUCCAGUGGCGAAAAACGUACCAUUUUGCAUCGGGGAAGUAUCAAAAAUGUGGCAAAAUGCUUCCCUCUCCAAGUGAAAAAACUCCGAUUUCAAAAGCGCGCCCGCUCUUUUUGUGAGAGGAAGGGCUCGCCAUUCAAAACGAAUUUUUUUAACUUUGAGAGGGAAGCAUUUUGCCACAUUUUUGAUACCUCCCGGAUGUAAAAUGGUACGUUUUUUGCCACUGGAUCGGGUCCGUCGCUGUAGAAAAAAUUAUUCUAAAUUCGUGCCAAGUUUCAUCAAAAUCCGAGCGUCGUACUUGCAGUACAUCAGCUGUAAGCAAGCCUUGUUUUGUGCUGUUCUAUGGUACCACCACUAAACUGUUUAGGUUGUGCCCAAACUACGCCACAACCCUUAAAUAGAUUUAUAACACAUUUAAACUACAUUCACUGUACUUUCAAGCAGAAAAAAAUAAUCUUGUAAAAAUAAUCUUGUAAAAAUAACCGUAUUAUUAAUACAAUUUUCUUACAGUUCGUGGACAUGCAAGAUGGAAAUCUUUUCAUGCUGAAUACUGGUCCUAUAGGUCAAAUCCCACAGCCCUAUUCAAGCAUGAUCACCUUUUCCUGGCUAUUUUCCCUGCUUCUGACCGUCGUCACAGUGCCUAUUCAGUUCCUGUAUCGGUACAGCCAAUUGUGUCUACGCAAUCCGCUGCAGUUCUGGCAUUAUGUCCUAAUCUUCGGCGGAUUUAUUUUGGCGAUUGCGCUGCAUUGCGCGGCUGGGGUUUUGGUUUUCGAGACCAAUCCGGCCGUUUUGCGCGAAUACGAGCAUCUUUUGCGGAGGAACCCGCUCUUCCACGACAAUGUCCCAGUUUUCACGCUGGGAGUCAAAGUAAGCACACAUAAUUCUUUGCUCAGCCAGUAGCUACAGUGGGGGACCUGAUCCAGUGGCAAAAAACGUACCAUUUUGCAUCCGGGAAGUACAGGGUGUUUCAAGAAAUUCCGCGGAAAGUCGUCGUCGAUUUCUCGGCGCUCAGCCACGAUAUCCAAAAAAUUUUUUUUGCAGUAGAAAGAAUGUAGUGGGCGGUUUUUUGCCUAAAAAGAUUUUUUUUCUACGCCGACGCGGAAUGCAGUGUAUUCGGCGGAGACAUUUGAUAGCUUUUUUGCCAAUCCCACUUAUCUCAAACGCUUUAUUACGAAUUUUGACGGUUCAAAAGAGGAUGAAUCUUGAAGAUUGAAGGAGGAUUUGCAUAUUUCUAUGUUUUUCAAGUAUUCGGCGAAGGUAUGGCGGACGCUUUCCAUAUCGGCGGAGGCCAUAACACAUCUUUGGUUAAAGAUACAGAGCUAGGGAAUUGCUCAAAAUGAUUCAUGCGCUCCACACUGGGGUUAGUCAGAGCACAUGAGUCAUUUUGAGCCAUUCCCCAGCUCUGUAUCUUUGUCCGAAGGUGGGUUAUGACCUCCGCCGAUUCCUCCGCCAGAUCGAAAAGAAGUGUGAUUUUCAUAAGAAAUGACGAAGGGUGGGGUUAAUCAGAGCACAUGAGUCAUUUUGAACAAUUCCCCAGCUCUGUAUCUUUGUCCAAAGAUGUGUUAUGGCCUCCGCCGAUUCCUCCGCCAAACUGAGAAAAAAUUUGAUUUUCAUAAGAAAUGAUGAAGGAUGGUGUUAACCAGAGCACAGGAACCAUUUCGAGCCAUUUCCCAGCUUUGUGUCUUUGUCCGAAGAUGAGUUAUGUCCUCCGCCGAUAUGGAAGGCGUCCGCCAUACCUUCGCCGAAUGCUUGAAAAACAUAGAAAUAUGCAAAUCCUCCUUCAACCAUCAAGAUUAAUCCUCUUUUGAACCGUCAAAAUUCGUAAUAAAGCGUUUGAGAUAAGUGGGAUUGGCAAAAAAGCUAUCAAAUGUCUCCGCCGAAUACACUGCAUUCCGCGUCGGCGUAGAAAAAAAAUCUUUUUAGGCAAAAAACCGCCCACUACAUUCUUUCUACUGCAAAAAAAAUUUUUUGGAUAUCGUGGCUGAGCGCCGAGAAAUCGACGACGACUUUCCGCGGAAUUUCUUGAAACACCCUGUAUUAAAAAUGUGGCAAAAUGCUUCCCUCUCCAAGUGAAAAAAACUCCGAUUUCAAAAGCGCGCCCGCUCUUUUUAUGAGGGAAAUGGCGCGUCCUUCAAACCGGAGAUUUUUUUUAGAUGGAGAUGGAAGCAUUUUGCCACAUUUUUUAUGCUUCUCGGAUGCAAAAUGGUACGUUUUUUGCCACUGGAUCGAGUCCUUCACUGUACAAGCUCUUUAACUACAAUUUUAAUUACAAUUUCAAGCUAUAAACCUUCCAUCUUACCCAAAUUUAAGUCCCAAAAUCAACAAAGUUUGCUGUUUUAGGACUCCCCAAAAGCCGCGCUUCAUAUGCUCGAUUGUAUUUUCAUUGUCGCCGUUGCUUAUUCAAUUGUCAUUUACUGCGCACUGAAGACCAUCAAGAAGCUACGUGUCGCCAAGGAAUCCAUGUCACGGACAACGCUGGCCGCACAGCGGCAGUUGACCGUAAUCAUGAUUAUUCAGGUAAAAUCAUACCCAAAAUUCGGUUCUACAAAAAUUCUACAGCUCAAAAAACAUUUUUAAAGCCAACAAUUGUCAUCAAAAGGCUAUUUCUGACAUUUUGACCGAUUUUUCAAAAUUCCAAAAAAUCCGUCAUCAUGACACAUUUUUUGGAAAAUCAAAAAAUCACAAAUUCCAUUACAUCAAACCUCUAAUUACGGUCUAAAUUAUCGAUUAUUUCAGGGACUAAACCCGCUGAUCAUCAUAAACACUCCCAUUUUUGUGGCCGUUCUCUUCACCUUGUUCAACGUUACACUUCAAGGCAUUUCCUACUUUAUCACGCCGAUUAUCGCGUUUAUUCCGAUUGUGAACUCACUCUCUGUAAUUUGUAUUGUCCCUAGUUUCCGAAGAUUCGUUUUGAGACAACGAAAAGUGGACGACAAGUCGACUAGCCAAUAUACGUCCGAGCGAUCGGCAGCGCAUUCAAAAAGCCGUGAUCAAUAG